ACAAACAUUGCCGGUCAUUCCACACGCUACAUAUGUGGAUGAAAUUAACGCAUGUAUAAAACAAUCAUAUCUAUGGCGAAAUGUCAGUAUAUUACGUCUUAACACAAAUGUACGUGUUCAACAGCAAUACGAUCCAUUGGCACUAACAUUCUUCGAGAAAUUGCUCAACACCAGAAACGGAACAAUACCAUUACAUGGAGACACGCAAUGCAUCAAAUUGCUAGACAWUUUCUGCAACAUGUCAUUGCCUGGCAAUGAGAUAUUGAACAAAUCGAUCGACACUCAUACCGAUCCUGACGAAGCCGUCAACUAUCCUGUUGAAUAUUUUAAUUCACCGGAUUUACCAGGAAUGCCAUUACAUUACUUGCGAUUAAAAGUUGGCUCACCUAUCAUUUUCAACGGCACAAGAUUAGUAAUAAAMAAAAUUAUGGGCAAUGUUCUUGAAGCUACAAUUUUGGACCUCCAAUUUGAAGGUGAAGUUAUUCUCCUGCCGCUAAUCCAAGUGAUCCCUUCAGACUCUUCCAUUCUAUUCAGACGUCUACAAUUUCCAAUUCACUAG